ACUGUAGGUCACUCUGGAUAAAAGCGUCUGCUAAAUGACAUGUAAUGUUAUGUUUCUGAGUGGCAAACAUGUAACAAUAAUGCAGCUUUAAACAUGUUUAAGGAAAUAACUUUAGUAGUCACGUUUAUGUAAUUGGGAUAAUUUUGAUUGCCUCUAUACGGCUCUCAACAUGUCACCAGCCAAGAGGUUAUUUAACUAUGUCAGAGGACAAACUACAAGUAUUUCCUCUUGAAAUGUACUCAAAAAGCCCCCAGGGUCCCCAGUGGAGUACACACAAAUACAUACUAUUUUACCAUAUCUUUUAAAUAUUCUAAUUAAUUGUCGUAAUAGUGUAGAGUCGAGCAACGGUUGCCACCCAGUGUUCUCUGAAGCAGCGUCGCCGGCUCCGCAGCGGACGAGCAGCGGGGGUGGGGGAGGAUGGAGAUGCGGAGGAACAGCCGAACGACACUCGGCGUUCCCCACUAAACGUGACCAGCGACAGAGCAUGACUGAGAUGUUCAAAGCCACCGAGACGAACGCCAAGUCUCCUUCGCCCGUCGACAGAUAGCCCGUCAGCCGGAUGGAGCCCCAGGAGGAAUGACUCCCUCUCCUUCCCCUCGGACGACACACCGGCAGUUUGAGAACAUGCGCUGGACCGGCGGAUACGUCCUUCUGGUCCUGGCGUCCCUCGCCGCCUCUCGCACCGCGGGGGCCUCGUCGGGGGACGCCGACGGAAACCAAACGGGAAACGCCAACGUCACGUACGGCGGAUUCGUCCCGGUCGUGUUCACUAAAGUGAACCAGAUAAUUGCCCGCGAGGGAACCUGCGCGGUGAUCGAUUGCAACAUCACCGGAGAGCCGUUCCCCACCGUCCGGUGGUUCAACUCCCACGGCGAGCGUCUGGACACGGAGAACAACGGUGAGAAGUGGGAGGUGCUGGACACCGGCCUCCUGAACAUCACGGACAUCGAGUUCGCCGACCGCGGCAAGUACACCUGCAUGGCGUCCAACGCGCUGGGCAGCGCCAACGGCACGGUGACGCUGCGCGUGGUCAUCACCACGGGCGACAUGGGCGUGUACUACGUGGUGGUGUGCCUGGCGACCUUCACCAUCAUCAUGGCGCUGAACGUCACGCGCCUCUGCAUGAUGAGCAGCCACCUGAAGAAGACGGAGAAGGCCAUCAACGACUUCUUCCGCACCGAGGGCGCCGAGAAGCUGCAGAAGGCGUUCGAGAUCGCCAAGCGCAUCCCCAUCAUCACGUCGGCGAAGACGCUGGAGCUCGCCAAGGUCACGCAGUUCAAGACCAUGGAGUUCGCCCGCUACAUCGAGGAGCUGGCGCGCAGCAUCCCGCUGCCGCCGCUCAUCAUGAACUGCCGCACCUUCGUGGACGAGAUCCUGGAGGUGGGCGUGGAGGACGUGCGGCACACCUUCAUCCGCCAGGCGCCGGAGGGCUUCCGCGACACGGUGAGCCGCGCCAUCUGCGGCGGCGGCGGCGGGCGCGACGUCUUCGCCCUCCUGCAGGAGCGCGAGCUGGAGCGGAGGCGGGGGCGCGGGCGCGGGCGCGGCGGGUCGCCGUCCGCCGCCGACUCGGACAACUCGUCGGCGCAGGAGCAGCCGCAGCACAUCGCCAUCCGGGUGUCGGUCCACCCGCAGCUCGCCAUCACCGACUACUGCAGCAUCGAGGGCCCGGCUCAGCAGGAGGCCACGCCCUCCUCGCCGCCGCCGCCGUCCUCCUCGCCUCCUCCCUCCCCGCCGUCCACGCCUCCCCCUUCCUCCUCCCCGCCGCCCGUCGCCUCUCUCGACCGCGAGGCGGAGGCGGAGCCGACGCCGCCCGAGCCGACGCCGCUUGAGCCGACGCCGCCCGAGCCGACGCCGCUUGAGCCGACGCGGCCCGAGCCGACGCCGCUCGAGCCGACGCCGCCCGAGCCGACGCCGCCCGAGCCGACGCCGCUCGAGCCGACGCCGCCCGAGCCGACGCCGCUCGAGCCCCCGACGGAAGCGAGCGAUCCUCCUCCUCCUCCUCCUCCCCCUCCCCCUCCGCCCUGCCAGGUGUUCUACGAGAGCCACGUGUGACGGGCCGAACCCGGGAGGAGCCGCGGCGUCCUCCUGCUAUGCAUCUCCACUCGGAAGACACAGAAGAAGAAAAAAAAGAAAAGGUCAACGAAACAUUUUUUGAUUUCUCGUUUGGGAGCGAUCGCAUUCCUGUUCAUCCGAUAAAUAAAUAAAUCACGUUGUUUUUAGAGCUGAAUGUACGCGAGAGAUCAGUAACGUGAUUCAUGUGAUAAGCAGCACAUUUACUGUGUCGAGAGUUUCCAUAAAGCAGACGAGGGGUAGUUCACUCAUUGUGGGUGUGUGUGUGUGUGUGUGUGUGUGUGUGGGGGACACCAGAAAUCUGCCUCAAUCCGUGACGUCAUCCCGCUCAGAGAGAUGCAUGCUGGGACUGGAAACACGAGAUAGUCGAGUCACCAUUUCAUGACUGUAGGGCGACUGUGUUUCUAUAAAGGAAACAAGUGAGCCAGAUAAGUGUGUGUGUGUGUGUACAGUGUAUUUCCUGGUCAAACACACCCGAGUAGAAUAUUUGUCCGCUUCCUUUGAAAUAUUUUAAGAGUAUUAUUAUUAUUAUUACUACCCCAUUGUGUGGUGAUUUUUGUUCUUUUUUUCCUUUUUGUCGUGGAAUAAAAUGAAAGUGCAGUGUAAAAAAAAAAAAACUUUUUCCACCGUUUGGUCAGUUGUGUUUCCUCCAUCAGUCUCACGCACACACAUCACUUUUUUAAACCUGCUAUACCUCAAUUAAUUGAAAUGUAAAGAUAGUAUCACUCAGACCUCUAGUCCAGAUAUUACUUCAUGUCUCAUCCUUUUGUAAAAGUGUAAUUAUUUUUUCCUACAGUCACCCUCGUUAAAACGUGUCCUCUGAUAUGUGGUUAACAUUUAAACGGUCGAGUAACUAAAUAACUACAUUUAUAGAGAAGAGAUUUCAAUGAGACAAAGAUAUGGCGGGAGCUGAAAGGAAAACCCCUUUAAAAAAAGGCUAAUUACUGACAUAUUAACAGAUUUGAGUAAAUCAUGAUUCCAGAAGUUCAUUGUGUACAUCAGUGGUCACCAACCUUUUUGAGCCCAAGAUCCCUGACCUCCGCCUUCAUGACCGGCAAGAUCUACCUAUUGAGGCGUUGAGAGAAAACGACUGUCCAGACUGGACUUACGACUUUUUAUUUGGCCUAAUUGUCAUUUGGGUCCAGCGUUCAAAUUGAUGGGACCAGGAACACAGAAUUUAAGUGUAAUAUAACAAGUAAGAUAUUUGUUAACCGCACACAAUAUGAACAAGAAAAAACACAUUUGCAAUGAGCAGCUGGAUGAACUACCAAUAUAAAUGUUGUAUUUAUUUACAUGUUGUUGCCUCUGUACCUGUACUCUAGCAAUGACAAUAAAUGUAAUCCAAUCCAGUUACAGCACGACACUGACAACAUGAUCAGUCAGUGCAACUCAUGUAAGUUCAGCUCUCAUCACAAUGCCAUCAAGUCAUGUGACUCCAGUCAGUGUGAUGCUGUGACUGAACUCUGUCUGUGAGCUUGUAGUUAGUUCAUAAUCACAGACAGCCAGUCUGAGGCCGUCUGUCAGCUGUGUCAGUAAUCCAGCUCCUGGUCUUUGAUUUGGUGAUUUUCUCAACUUCACUGACGAGUUUUUCGGGGCAAAUUUGGUAUUCAUGGCAGUUUUCUCAUCUGGGAUUGGUUCUGAACUCAGACCGUUGGUGAUUACAUUCACAUCAACUCAACAGACAUCCUCAGAUUUAAAUAAUUAUCAUAAUAAUAAAUAUGAGAAUCACCA